UGAAGUCGUGAUUAGAAAAGAGUAAUUCCAGAGAUUGAAAAUUUUUGUGAAUAUCGGCUUUGGGCCCGCUCAGAUGGCCCAUGUCCAGUUCUGUGGACGGCCCUUGUGUAGAUGUCCCAUGACAUUGAUACCACAACUGAAGGGAUGCAAUGCAUGUUCCAAAGUUUCGCAUCGCAAGACUUCCGGCCGGCACAUCUUGUUGCUGCUCCUGUCCCGUGACCUGUCCUGUCCUGUCCUCAGUCCUUAAUCGUGCCGGGACCUCAAAAUCAGAAGGAUAUAUGAUUGAUUCUUCGUCCUUAAUCGUCCCGGGACUACACCCCAUUAAUGAUUAAACAGCAGCUGUUCCAUCCAUGCAUAUUCCUUUCACUUCACGCAUUAACGUGGCAAUUUUGCAACACAUGGCAAUAAUGCAUGUCGCUUUCGUUUUUCUCUGUCUUUUUUCUCCUUUUCCCCGCUAGCUCAUAGAGUGAGAAUAAUUGAAUUCUGAAUACGAAACUUGACACAAAAUGCAACUCUGUUCUGUAUUCUCUAUUGAACAACCUGUCUUUUUUUUCUUCCCCUUAACUUUCCUUUAAACAACAACAGCACAUUGCAAAGAAGUUGUAGGUGUGAAUGGUUUCUACUGUUUUAGAAAUAGCCAAAGCUUUAUCUUGCAAGCUUUCGGCUUUGGGAAAUAUAACGGAAAAUUAUGUACUGCUACUGCUCUUAGUCUUGCUUGACUUAUAUUUAGUGUUUUACACUGCAGUGAGUAGACGAGAGUUGAUUUCGCAUUCCACUGUUCUCAGUUCUCACUUGUCUGCUCAACCCCAGCCUUGAGCCUUCGUCGCUUUACAAAACUGAAGUCCCGUCUCUUCUCUCCUCUAUCUAAUUCUCCCACCUCUCUUUUUUCCUAUCAACCGCCACCACGAGAUUUCCCGGCCAAAGUUCGCCGUUACCACGCUUUUUUUUCCUGCUUUCUAGGUAUCGGAAUACGCUUCUCCUCCUUGUUCUCAUGCUUCCUAUAUCUAUGACAACCCCUCCUUCUAAACCUCCUUCAAAACCCAAAAACCCCGAAUUAUCAUCAAACCGAAAGAACUACUCCAACUUAUUUCAGCCUUACCUCUCAUUUCACCAUCCUGGUACAUGCCUCCCCCUCGCCAUUCUCCUCCUCCACAUAUUCCUCCUCCUCUCCGCUCGCUCUCUCCCUUUCUUCCCCACUUCCCACCCCUCAAAAAUCCUCUUCCCUCCUUCCACUACCGUCACACCUGGUCACUCCGCCACCCUUGAUGUUGAUGGCUCUAACCAAACGGCCCUGAACUUGAACGUCCUCUGCCCAUAUGGUAAAGUCUACGUUUAUGACCUCCCAUCAUUUUUUAACCAUGAAUUGCUAAAAAAUUGCCAUGAGCUGAGCCCCUGGAACUCAGGCUGCGACUUGUUUUCGAAUCACGGCUUCGGAAAAGUCGCAAAUGGGAUUUCAAAACUUGUCCCCGAAAAUCUCAGGCAUGCAUGGCACUGGACUGACCAAUUUGCUUUGGAGAUCCUUCACCACAACCGAAUGAUGAAUUAUCGUUGCAGAAGUUUGGAGCCCGAAUCUGCUACUGCGUUCUACAUACCUUUUUACGCGGGACUAGCAGUGGGAAAGUACCUAUGGUAUAAUCAUACAUUCGAGGACCGCGAUCGGUACUGCGAGAUGAUGCUGGAUUGGGUGAAUAAUCAGCCUUACUGGAACAGAUCCCACGGCUGGGAUCAUUUUAUUACAAUGGGCCGGAUCACAUGGGAUUUCCGCCGAAUCGAAGGCCGCGUCUGGGGAUCCAGCUGUAUUUACAUGCCUGGAAUGAGAAACAUCACGCGCUUGUUGAUAGAGCGCAACCCGUGGGACUAUUUCGAUGUCGGUGUGCCAUAUCCCACCGGAUUCCACCCCAGCACAGCCUCUGACGUCAUGGGCUGGCAGGAUUUUGUACGCCAGCAUCAGCGGAAGACUCUAUACUGCUUCGCGGGAGGCACACGCGGGUUUUACAGGAACGACUUUAGAGGACUGUUACUGAGUCAGUGCUACAACAACUCGGACGCUUGCCGAGUCGUGGAUUGCACCGGCUCCAAGUGCUCUAACGGGACUUCAGCAAUUCUCGAAUCGUUUCUGGACUCGGACUUUUGUUUACAGCCGAGGGGUGACAGUUUCACUCGUCGGUCCAUUUUUGAUUGCAUGGUGGCCGGUUCAAUCCCGGUUUUCUUCUGGAGGAGAACGGCUUACAUGCAGUACGCUUGGUUUUUACCCAGUCAACCGGACAGUUACUCGGUGUUCAUACACAGGGGAGAGGUGCAGAAUGGAACCACGUCAAUUAGAGCGGUCCUUGAGAGCAUAAGCAAAGAGAAGGUAAAAAUGAUGAGAGAAAAAGUAAUCGAAUAUCUACCAAGAAUUGUGUAUGCAAAACCAAACGAGGGGUUGGAAGGCAUUAAAGAUGCAUUUGAUAUAGCCGUUGAGGGGGUUUUGAGGAGGGUUAAACAAAAAGAGGGUGUUUACAAGUGAUAAUUCCAUCAAUGCUUUUCUUAUCUUAAAAAUAUAUAGAAUGGAGGGGGGGGUUACAAGUGUACUUAAGGGGAUAACCUGAAUUUCUCAUUACGCGGGUAUUAUUUUAGAUUAAAAGGAGCAUGAAAUAUUAGGUUUAAUUUCUUCUGUAAUAUAUAUAUAUAUAUGUAUACUUUUUGGGUCUCAAAAUACAUUUGUGUUACAUAUGUAUACGCUCCAUUUCUCUGGCAAUUAGAAGAAUGUUGAACAUGUAUACAUGUGCAUUGCAAUAAUAUAAGGCCUUUUUUGUUU